AUGGGGCGUUUACCUUUGGCAAUCUUUGUAGGUAGCAGCGCGGUGGUGACGGCUUCUAGUGUCGAAGCCGAGGCCCAGAACAUUCUUGGUGGUACUCCAUGUGGUAAUUUUCGCUUCGUUUACUGCGGCUGGGACGUUCUAGCAAGAAAAAGCAACGCUCACGCGGUCGUUCACUCAGUGAUAGUUGUAGGUGCCGUGGGGGUGGGCUGCGUCGAAGAUGUUAUCAUGCGCGAAGGCGACGACUCCGCCUACUACGCUGUAACUGCCGGCAGGCCCAGACAGCCAGCCGAAUGCGGCCGUUAA